AUGCCGGCCGUCGCUAUAAUACUAAUUUGGCUUUGCGCCUUGACUCUGAUGCCACUUUCAAAGGCAUACAACAUACCUAUAGACCAUAUAACUCGACAGUCCUCCCGCCCGAGCAGGCUGACAACGCUUAGUUGGCAAGGCAAACUACCGCAACCUUCAUCUGCCGCAUUACAGAGGAGGACAACAAUAGGCCCUCGACCGGGUCCUAAAUACACUUUUGACGAAGGGUGGUUCAAUAUAACAACUACAUCGACAUGCGAAGACGCGUUGAGAGGGUUGAAAUCGGUUUCCAACCCUUCCGGUAUAGCCGCAUGCUUCAACGUCGCAUUUUUAAAUGAGGAAACAAAGCAUGCCAACGGAGAGUUCAACAACACCAAGUGGGAAGACUUUGAUAUCAAACUGGGUUCACUACUUGUAGAAUUUUCGGGAAUGAAGCGAGUUUUCCAGAAUUCAACUUCGAAUUCCACCACAGACUCGCCUCGUCUGGUGAGGCAAUGGCGGUAUAGCGGCAAGGUAAACGAGCUUAUCCCGCUCAAGAAGUUAUCCCUUGCUGAACAUCGCUAUCUCCUCGCGCCAAAUAUAUCAAUCACAACAAACUCUCCCAGCCAACCUAAUACUAUCAUCGAAACAAACCUAACUCCUGACACCAUUUCAUACACCACUGGCUAUUUAGCCGACGACAUCAACCCACCAUACAACAUGACGGACUCCGAAAUCAAAGUCCAGCUAAAGAAUAUAUUACUUGCUGCCUUGGAAUUUGAAGUACCCGGUAUGAGCUUGGGUAUAUUCCCCACAGGACUUAUUGUCACCGGUAUAUGGGCCGGCUUAUUCCUAGCCAUAGUGGGCUACGGGACAUUUGAGCGAAAGCAGUACCGCUCUUUUCAUGAACGAAGGCUGCAAUACGCCGCCUCUACAAGAGGUUACGGUAAUCGGCCUACUGUAUCUUAG